CGGGCGGAGCCUGUCCGGGGAUGGCGGGUGACUUGCCGCGCUUCCUGCGAGCGCUGCCGGCCGAGAGCGGACCCGAGGCGGUGCGGACGCGGGUGCAGGAGCAGGACUUACAGCAGUGGGGCCUGACGGGGGUUCAUCUACGCUCUUAUCAACUGGAGGGAGUCAAUUGGCUAGCCCAGUGCUUCCAUUACCAAAAUGGCUGUAUCCUGGGGGAUGAGAUGGGCCUGGGGAAGACCUGCCAGACUAUCGCUCUUCUCGUUUACUUGGUGGGAAGGCUGAACGAUGAAGGGCCCUUUCUGAUUCUUUGUCCCUUGUCUGUUUUGAGCAACUGGAAAGAAGAGAUGGAGAGAUUUGCUCCAGGUCUUUCCUGUGUGACAUACACGGGUGACAAGGAAGAAAGAGCCCGCCUUCAGCAAGACCUACAACAGGGGACUGGCUUUCACGUGCUGCUGACUACCUACGAGAUUUGCUUGAAGGAUGCCUCAUUUCUAAAAUCCUUCUCUUGGAGUGUUCUUGCUGUGGACGAAGCUCAUAGAUUGAAAAACCAGAACUCCCUGCUGCACAGGACACUUUCAGAGUUCUCAGCGGUCUUCCGUGUCCUGCUCACCGGAACUCCCAUCCAGAACAACCUCCAGGAGCUGUACUCCCUCCUCAGUGUUGUAGAGCCCGAUCUCUUCUGCAGGGAGCAAGUGGAGGAUUUUGUGCAGCGUUACCAGGACAUUGCAAAGGAGUCCAAAUCAGCAAGUGAGCUGCACAGACUCUUGCAGCCAUUUCUGCUGAGGCGGGUGAAAGCUCAGGUAGCCACAGAGCUUCCCAAGAAGACAGAGGUGGUGAUAUACCACGGCAUGUCAGCACUACAGAAGAAGUACUACAAGGCCAUCCUGAUGAAAGACCUAGAUGCGUUUGAGAAUGAGACCGCCAAGAGGGUCACCCUCCAGAACAUCCUCACGCAGCUUCGGAAGUGUGUGGACCACCCGUAUCUGUUUGACGGUGUGGAACCAGAGCCCUUUGAAGUCGGAGAGCACCUGAUCGAGGCCAGUGGGAAACUUCACCUGCUGGACAGGCUGCUGGCAUUUCUAUACUCCGGGGGCCAUCGGGUUUUACUUUUCUCUCAAAUGACCCAGAUGUUGGAUAUUCUGCAAGACUAUAUGGAUUACAGAGGCUACAGCUACGAGCGUGUGGAUGGCUCCGUGAGAGGAGAAGAGAGGCACCUGGCCAUUAAGAACUUUGGGAAGCAGCCCAUUUUUGUUUUUCUCCUGAGCACCCGAGCAGGUGGAGUGGGCAUGAACUUGACAGCAGCAGAUACCGUUAUUUUUGUUGACAGUGACUUUAAUCCUCAGAAUGACUUGCAGGCGGCUGCCAGAGCUCACCGAAUUGGCCAGAACAAGUCUGUUAAAGUCAUUCGUUUGAUCGGCCGAGACACUGUGGAAGAAAUCGUGUACAGGAAGGCAGCCUCCAAACUGCAGCUGACCAACAUGGUCAUGGAAGGCGGCCAUUUCACCCUCGGGGCCCAGAGACCGUCCGCUGAGGCUGACUUCCAGUUGAGUGAGAUACUUAAAUUCGGCUUGGAUAAACUACUGUCCUCUGAGGGGAGCACCGUGGAUGAAGUAGACCUGGAGUCCAUCCUGGGAGAAACCAGAGAUGGCCAGUGGGUCUCUGAUGCUUUGCCUGCAGCAACAGCAGCAGCAGCAGCAGCAGGAGGAAGCGGAGAACAGGAAGAAGGAAAAGACCAUAUGUACUUAUUUGAAGGUAAAGAUUAUUCUAAAGAGCCCAGCAAGGAAGACAGAAAGUCAUUUGAACAGCUGGUGAAUCUUCAGAAAACUCUUCUAGAGAAACCGAGUCACGGGGGCCGCUCCCUCCGAAAUAAAGGCAGCGUUCUAAUCCCAGGCCUGGCAGAAGGGCCCAUCAAAAGGAAGAAGAUUCUGAGCCCGGAAGAGCUGGAGGACAGACAGAAGAAAAGACAGGAGGCAGCAGCCAAGAGAAAGAGACUAAUGGAAGAGAGGAAGGCGGCAAAGGAGGAGGCCGAACACAGGAAGAAGAUGGCCUGGUGGGAAGCCAACAGCUACCAGUCCUGCUGCCUGCCCUCGGAGGACAGCGAGCUCGAGGACCUUGAGGAUGGAGAAGAUGAAACUUCUGGAGAGCUAGAUGCUGAAGACCUAGACUCAACCUCCAUCAAGUAUGUUAGCGGUGACGUCACCCACCCACAGGCUGGCGCAGAGGAUGCCGUCAUUGUGCACUGUGUAGAUGAUUCUGGCCGCUGGGGCAGAGGUGGCUUAUUCACAGCUCUGGAAGCACGGUCAGCCGAGCCAAGGAAAGUAUAUGAGCUGGCUGGGAAAAUGAAAGACUUGAGUUUGGGAGGUGUCCUUUUAUUUCCUAUUGAUGAUAAAGAGUCACGAGGCAAAGGACAAGAUUUGUUGGCCUUGAUGGUGGCUCAGCACCGCGAUCGCUCCAAUGUCCUGUCUGGCAUUAAGAUGAUGGCCCUAGAAGAGGGCCUCAAGAAGGUGUUUCUAGCAGCAAAGAAGAAGAAAGCAAGUGUUCAUCUUCCACGCAUUGGACAUGCUACAAAGGGUUUUAACUGGUACGGCACUGAAAGACUUAUUCGGAAACAUUUGGCCGCAAGAGGCAUCCCGACUUACAUAUACUACUUUCCUAGAAGCAAGGCUGCUGCCUGCCAUUCACAGUCUGCAUCCCCCUCCUCAGCACCGCUGGUUCCGUAGCAAUCAACCCAGCAUUGGAUCCAGUUUUCAGCAACCAGCUAGUAAAUUCAUGCCCCAGAGUGACUGUUAGUUUUCAGGAAACAAGGCUGUUCUUGGCUGUGUUCCUUAUUCUGGAACCUCUGGGAUAGUCUUUUCUGAAUUCUUAUUUUGUUCCCCUGGAAUUGUUACUGUGAUCCAGUACCUGUAAUACAGGAAUGCACAGCUUAUUUGGGGAAGUCCUUUGACUUCAGAUUGCAUAACUCUGUAUAAUAAUAAAUUUCCUAUCAUUAAUA